AUGUACACCCCGUCGCCGGUGGUCUGGGACUUGUUCUCGCUGAACGGUGUGCUUGACGCGGACGCGGCCAUCGAGUCUCUCCCCGUGCUGUCUGCGCAGGUGACUGAGCUCGCCGACGGCGUGUUCGUUGCCGUGUCCAUGAACCACUCCGUCGGCGACGGCACCUCCUUCUGGGAGUUCUUCAACGCAUGGUCGGAGAUCCACCGACACCGAGCCGACGUCAAUGUCAACGGCCUAAACAAGAUGAAGAUGGUCUCGACGCCGGCGCCGGUGCUUGCGAGGUGGUUCGUCGAGACGAGCCCGGUGCCGAUCCCAUUGCCGUUCAGCAAGCUGCAGCACGUCCUCCGGCGGUUCGAGCUCCCGCCAGUGCGCGAAGGCUUCUUCACCUUCUCCGCCGCGAGCGUGAAGAAGCUCAAGGCGAGGGCGAACGGCGAGAUGGCGGGCGUCGCCACCGCGCCCAUCUCGUCGCUGCAGGCCCUGCUCGCGCACCUCUGGCGGGCAGUGUGCCGCGCCCGGCGCCUCGCACCGGGGCAGGAGACGUUCUACGCCGUCAUCAUCGGGUGCCGGGGGCGCGUGCGCGGCAUCCCGCCGGGGUACGUGGGCAACGCGGUGGUGCCCGGCAGGGCGGUGUGCGCGGCCGGGGAGGUCCAGGAGAAGGGGCUGGGGUGGACGGCGUGGCAGCUGAACCGCGCCGUGGUGUCGUUCGACGAGGCGGCGCUGAGGGCGUUCCUGGAGCGCUGGGUCCGGGAGCCGACGUUCGCGUUCACCGGGGACCUGUCGUCGGCGGCGGGGGGCGCGGGGCUGGAGACCGGGAGCUCGCCGCGGUUCGACGUGUUCGGGAACGACUUCGGGUGGGGAAGGCCGGUGGGCGUGCGGAGCGGCCUCGGCGACAAGACGGACGGGAAGGCGACGGUGUUCGAGGGGCCGGAGCGGGGAGGGAGCAUGUCGCUGGAGGUGUGCCUGGCGCCGGCCGCGCUGGAGAGGCUGGUCGCCGACCACGAGUUCAUGGACGCGGUGACCCUUCCCGCGCGCGUGUGA